GGAGAGAGGGAGUAAGAGGUACAUGAUUACAGUAGAGCCAAGUGUCUUCGUGUCUGCGAGAGGCACUCCUUUCCUUCCCAUUUCCUUCCUCCCCACUGAGAGCCCCCAAAUCUCUCUCACUCUCUCUCUCUCGUCCUUCGCCCCCUCAUGUGAAUCCUAAGAUCGUAGAAGGAGAAUCGAAGAAAAUGCAAGAAAUCAUUGGAUCGGUCCGAAGAUCUUUGGUAUCCCGACCAAAUUCUAAUGGAGACCAGGGUGGCAGCAGCAGUAUCGCGGAAAAGAUCACAUCUUGCCUCAGGAAAUCGAGGGUUGGGUUGGGUUUAGGGUUAGGGUUGCCCCGCAGACUGCCGCCGCCGCCGCCGCCGCAGACGGCUGCGCCCAAGGACAAAGCUCCUCCGAUCCGUUGGAGGAAGGGAGAACUGAUUGGAUGCGGCGCCUUUGGGCAUGUCUACAUGGGUAUGAAUGAUUCUGGAGAGCUUCUAGCCGUUAAACAGGUUUCGAUUGGGACAAGCAAUGCUUCCAAGGAGAAAGCCCAAGCUCAUAUAAGGGAGCUCGAGGAAGAAGUGAAGCUUCUUAAGAACCUCUCUCAUCCAAAUAUUGUUAGAUAUCUGGGAACUGUCAGGGAGGAGGAUACUUUAAAUAUUUUUUUGGAAUUCGUCCCGGGUGGAUCCAUCUCGUCGCUGCUUGGGAAGUUUGGAUCUUUCCCCGAGUCCGUUAUAAGAACGUAUACCAAGCAACUGUUGCAGGGGCUGGAGUAUCUUCAUCGGAAUGGAAUCAUUCACAGGGAUAUAAAGGGGGCAAACAUUCUUGUGGAUAAUAAAGGCUGCAUCAAGCUUGCAGAUUUUGGUGCAUCUAAGCAGGUUGCUAAACUGGCAACUAUGAAUGCUGCCAAGUCAAUGAAGGGUACCCCAUACUGGAUGGCACCAGAAGUAAUUCUUCAGACUGGGCAUAGCUUCUCUGCUGAUAUAUGGAGUGUUGGUUGCACUGUCAUUGAGAUGGCUACUGGUAAACCUCCCUGGAGCCAGCAAUACGAAGAGUUUGCUGCUCUGUUCCAUAUUGGGACGACAAAGUCACAUCCCCCCAUACCAGAACAUCUCUCUUCAGAGGCAAAGGAUUUUCUUUCGAAAUGUUUACAAAAGGAACCGAACUUGAGACCAACUGCAUCAGAUUUGCUGCAGCAUCCAUUUGUUUCGGAGGAAAUUCAGCGUCUGCAUCCCAUUCAACAAUCUUCGGUCAUGUACCAGGAACCCUCUAAAAAUAUUCUUUUGCCAAAAUCAUCCAUGGAAAACUCCUUUAAUCCAAUGGAUGAGCCAAGUAGCUAUGAGGGAUUGAAAGACAAUGGUCAUGCUUGUGGGAGCUGCUUUACUAUGUCCCCUGAAAAACUUUCAAGUGUCAAACCUAUAUGGGAAAUGAGUACCAGUAAUGAUGUGUGUCAGCUUGAUGACCAAGAUGAUUUUCCAGGCGUUGGAUCAAGUUUCAAUCCCAUGUCUGAGCCCUUUGAUGGCUGGCCUUGCAAGAUUGAUUUGAGUUCGGAACAAGGAAGAAUUGACUCAGAGAACUUUGACAGAACAGUUAACUGUGCUGCAAGCAGUGCUGGAAAAGGAGAAAAUGACUUCACAAUGCCUAGUGAUCUAGUGUCCGAGGAGGAUGAUGAAGUUACAGAGUCAAAAAUUAGAGCAUUUCUUGAUGAGAAGGCACUUGAUCUGAAGAAGCUACAGACACCAUUAUAUGAGUUCUUUAACAGCCUGAGUACCACCAAUGAACAAUGUAUAGAAAGCACGUGGGAGGAAAAUGUCACAAAUGAUUCAAAAUUACCUCCCAAGAGCAAGUCAUCACCCCACAAGGUGGUAAGUGGAGCAAAUGCCCCAUAUUUUGAUACCAUAAACAGAAUGAGCCCAAGGAGCCGUAGUAGACGAAUCUCAAGUGCUGGUGUGGAGAACAACCAAAUUUCAAGUGAAAUACCUUCACUUCAUGAUGCGCAACAAGAAACAAACAAUCCAAGCACAAGUCUUUCUGAUAUACAAAGGAAGUGGAAAGAAGAGCUGGAUCAAGAGCUUGAGAGGAAGAGAGAGAUGAUGCGGCAGGCAGGUGUUGGGAAAACAUCUUCUCCAAAGGACAGACGUCUAAGCCGAAAGAGGGACCGUUUCCUGUUUACCUCCCCGGGAAAAUAAGUGUACAUAAAAUGUGUGCAGCUCUAUCCUUGGCUGGUCAAACUAAUAUUGCCUACCUGUUUCCAAUCUGUUGUUAAGGAAAUCAUCAAGAAAGGUGUCCUGCAGGCUCUUGUUUUGCUGAUUUGAGUAAAAGUUUUACGACUUUAGUUCAAAAAUGCCUAAAACGAAGUUUAAGCUAUGGCUGGAUUGGGGCAGCAGUUGGCUGGUUGUAUGACUGCAGCAUGUUUUUUGGUCCGUCAUCUGAAACAACAAUCUGAGCUUAUAUUUUGUUUUGACUUGUUGGGUUUCAUAUUUAACAACCCACUAGGCACCUCCUUGUUGUGGGAUGGCCAAAAUUUGAAGUUUACUGAAAGAAUGUAAUCAUCCUUAUACAAUAAAUACCAGGUCCUUCUCAUAAUGUAGUAAACAAUGUGGGGAGUUCAGCAUACUGACAACCAAGGACGGUGUGCCCUAUUAUCGGAUGGUGCUAUAUAUUGCAUUAUGAGAUUUCUAA